AUGAUCGAGACGACCCGUAGGCUCGUCGACGAGGUUGCCGCGAGUCACGGCUUGGGCUUCGGCAUCGCGAACGCCAUCUCUAAUGUCGUUACCCGCAAGGUUCACAUUAAGAAGGGUUCCCUCCGGUCCUGUGGCCUGAAGCUUGUGGAGGAGCUGUUGGGCAUCGGAGUGCCCGUCACGGCGUUCUACGAGAUCCUUGAGUACUUGCUCCGUCCAGAAAAUGCGACCAUCUGGUCCGAUAUCCAGAAUCUCGCCGAGAAGGGCAACGACGCUACCCUCCACGCGUACGUUAUCGAGGCCCAGCGUCUUACGAGCAUGCAGCGCAACGUGCGCAUCGCCACGCAGCCCGCAGAGCUCGAGGGCAAGAAAGUUCUGCCGGGUAAUGCGGUUGUCAUGAUGCUUGGCGAGGCCGGCCGCAACCCUGAAGAGGUGCAAAACGCGAACAAUUUUGACCCCAGCCGCAAGACGAAUGACGUGAGCUCCUUCAGCUAUGGCCAACAUGAAUGCAUUGCCAAGGAUGUGGCGCUCGCAUUCAUCACUGGCCUAGUGAAGCUCGUCGCCAAUCUCAAGCAGCUCCGUCCCGCCCCCGGCCAGAUGGGCCUGGUCAAGACCAUUCGUGUGGGCUCGGAGAAGGCCUACCUGAACGACAGCUGGUCCUAUCUUGGCUUCGAUGCUAGCACCUGGAAGCUCCAUUUCGACGGCCACGGCAAGGGUAACUUCGAGGGGGAGAGAGAGCCCAUGAACCCCAUGGGUCUGAACCAGUACUAUUAUCUGUUACAGAAGCGCAAGGAAGACCUGUUGAACUAA